AGAAAGCUACACCAGGAAAAAAGUGGCAAAGACAAAGGACUGAACAGCCUUUCGGAAAAGAGGAGAGAGUUGUUUUAGUUUUAAGAACGGUUUAUGAGAGUCCAACUGUAUUACCCCCGGCAGGAAACGGCCAGGUGGUUAUCGGGCAUCUUUCUCUGCUCACCAUCAAACUCCUGUUGCAUCUCUUCCAGUGAAAGUGGUCAGCAGUCCGGUGAUGGAAACAACUGCAAAGAUAUAGGCUGAGUGACUGGAUGGAAAGAGCUGUCAACACACACAAACACAGUGAGGAUGGAGGAAGUGGAAACUCUCAGAGAACAGCUAAUGGCUAUUUGAUUGACGACACCAUUGUGGUGGUGUUGUUGGAGGAGUAAUUUUCAUUUGGGAGCAUCUGGAGUAUCUUUGCAAUUUUUUUUUUCUUUUUCCACUGGCAAUCCCAUCUUGAGUCCCAGUUUUUAUGCCCUCCCUCCUGGUGACCUUUCUUCACAUCUAUCCUUUAGAGAGAGCAGGUGCUGCUGUGUUAAACAGCCACAGAUCUCAUUUACCUUUCAACCCCCACCUCCCUCUUAACCAUACACAGAGACACACAAGCUCCUCUCUUCCAAGCGGCUGAGAGGUUGCUAUGGCAAUUGUUGUCAUGAUGCCGAUGUAGCGUCCUGAAGGUAGUAGUUGUGGAGGUAGUGGUGGAGCUGGAGGAGGUGGUGGUGGCAGUGGCGGUGGUGGCGAACGUCCAGGGAUGGGAAGCGCUCCCUAUCCAGCCGGUGAGUGGAAGGGGAAGGGGCGAGGCGGCCUGCAGGAGCUGGGCUGCAUGCCCUGGAAGGUCAGCAAGCAGAAAGGUGGUGGUGGAGGAGGAGGAGGGGAGGUGGUGGUGGGAGUGGAGGAGAGGAGGUGCAGGGAUCCCAGGGACUCUCAGCAGGCACAGGAUCUCUCAUCUUCCUCUUCCUCCCUCACCCCUCCAGCACCUCCCCAGUCCUCUCUGACACCUCCAGCGAUUUAUCAUGAGAAGCAGCGGAGGGAGCUGUGUGCCCUGCACGCACUCAAUAACGUCUUCCAGGACGGGACAGCCUUCAGUCGGGAUACCUUGCAGGAGAUAUACCAGAGGCUUUCUCCUAGCACUCUGGUGACGCCUCAUAAGAAGAGCAUGCUGGGAAAUGGGAACUAUGAUGUAAAUGUCAUUAUGGCAGCCCUGCAGACCCGAGGGUUUGAGGCAGUUUGGUGGGAUAAAAGAAGGGAUGUUGGUAGCAUUGAGCUGUCCAACGUGACAGGCUUCAUUCUGAACGUGCCAUCCAACCUGCGCUGGGGGCCACUCCGGCUGCCGCUCAAACGCCAGCACUGGAUAGGAGUCAGAGAGGUGGGAGGAGUCUACUACAACCUGGACUCCAAGCUGCGUAGCCCUCAACCCAUUGGCAAUCCGGAUGAGCUCAGGAAGUUUCUCCGCCAGCAGCUGCGAGGGAAGAACUGUGAACUCCUAUUGGUCGUCUCAGAGGAAGUGGAGGCACACCAAACAUGGCGGUCUGAUGGCUAAGGGUUUAAAAGGCCAGUCACAGCUCCAAUUGGGCCGAUGGGCCAAUCACAGAAUGAACGGGAGAGGAAGUAGAGUUGUGCAAAGCCAAACAUAUGGAUGCACACUUACAGAUGUAUUUUUUCCCCCCUUUUUGGGUUUUGUUUACACAGCCAUUGCAGGACUCUUAUCUGAUAAGAGGCAAAGCAAUGAAAGAAGCAAACACUUUACAGGGAGAAUCAAAGAAGUCAUAGUCCUUUACUCAUAACACAGUUAAGACUUAUGAAAAGUUAUUCUGUUUCUGUUAUUCUUGUGUUUUUAUAUAUAUUGACUAUUUUUCAAUGU